GCAGAAUGUAGAAUUACUCUUGUCCGGUGUCGUUUAGAUUUUAUUUUAUUUUUCUUCCCAUUACCGCCGUGCCGCUAUAGAAAAAUGUGAAGAAAGAUCACCGUAGAGCAUCUUCGCCGCUUCACAAACCCCAAACGCUAAACAUAAAACCCUAUCACCGGUUGUUCUUUCUCUGAACACACCGUAAGUACCUGAGUCAUGUCAAUGGCGAAACCUAGUUCAGCUUCCAACUCCGAUGAUACGACGCCGUACCGCGCCGUGUUCAUAGACACCGGCCUCGGCACUCACUUGGCUACUAUCGUCUCCAGCACCGACACCGUUACCGAUCUCAAGCAGAAGAUAAUCCAUGAACACCCACUUUGCUUUCCUCAAUUUGGGGAGAUUAAAAUCCAUGCUAUAAAGGUAAAGAGGAGGGAGUGUUAUUAUCAUUUAUCGGAUUCCAUGUUGGUGAAAAGUGCCUUUCAUGGAGUUAAUAAAAGUUGGUUCAUUAGUGUUGAUGCCUCUAGUGCAAAGCAGCAUGAUGAUAAUCAGCAUUGCCUCAAUCUUGAUUCUAACAACAUGGUUGCUUGCGAUGGUAUCAUCAGCAAUGGUUCUGCUCAAGGGGUUAAGCUUCUUCUUGAUGGUCAUCCUGAAAAGUUGUCCAAUGUUAUGGAUAAACAGCACUUUGAUCCAAAAGCUGUUGUUACUGAUCGGUUGGGUUUGGAUGUUGCUGGGGGAGACGUUUUAAAUAAUUUGGAGAUAGGAGUUGAACAUAUGGGUGACAAUAAUGACGAAACUAAAUCUGCACAUAUCAACAAUAGGCCAGAUUCUCACACACAAGAGAAAAGGGAUCAAUGCGAUAAUGAAAACGAAAGUCAGAAAACACCAAUUGGAGGUAGGGAAAGCGGCUUCAAGACUGGAAUUGAUGAUGUGCAGGGCAGCUUACUGCCAGAAAGUGCUUUAGAAACUGGAUCUCGUACAAAGAAAAAACGUAAAAGUAGGAAAAGAUGUAAACAUGCUGUACGUGACCUAACUUUGGAAGAAACCAAUGCUGCAUUACCUGAAUCUGGUAAGAAUGAAUCACAGCAAGAGAUUAUAGCGUCACAAAGUUUUCUAGAAAAUGCAAUUGGAGUAGUUCCACAGGAUACAGUGACAGAAAAUGAGAAUAUUAAUGAUGAGCCAAGAAUGGUUUCCUAUUCUAAUGCCAAUAAGGGGACUGAUUAUGUAAUGCCAAGUGCAAGUGUUCUGAUUGAGGGGACUGGAAUGCUAGAGAAACAUAAUGAAAGAAAAAAUGAUAAAUCGAGAAAAACUGACAUUGAUGUGCAGUGUUUUAAAUCAGUGGAAGAUACUUCACAAUCAAAGCCAGUAGCAAAGAAAAAGCGUAAAUUUGAAGAAGAAAAAAAAGAUGAUGAAUAUUUGCUGAAAGAAGAUCGAACUUUGAUUUCUGAUAUGCUUGAGACUCCCACAAUCUCUCAGCACUCCCUAGUGGACAAACUGAAAAAUAUAGAUGGCAUUUGGGAUGGUUCAUCUACUGACACUCCUGAAGUUGUCCAUUUGCAGUCAGUAUAUCCAACCAAUGAAAAGAGAAAGAAGAAAAAGAAAUCAUCAAACACUCUUAAUCAAGAAAUUGCUCCAGUUCCUUCUUCUGGGGCAAAUGUUAGGGAAGAGAAUUGUGGGGAACCCAAGGAUUUGGGUGAAGAAUUUGAUGCAGAACUUGUCCAUGGAAAACACGUCCAGGGUGUAAUAAGUUCUGAGCUUGUUGUGGUCUCUUUGAAAGAAAAGCAUAGAAAUCCUUUCCAAGAAGCAAACUUAAGGCCCUCUUCCCAAGAAUUUGAUAUAGUCAACGGAGAAGCCAGCAAUGUGGAAGGCAGACAUAGUGAAAUUGUGGAUCCUUCAAAAUCUUCAAAGAAAAGAAAGAAGUCCAAAAAAGCAAAGGAUAUAGUGAGUGGAACACCGUCCAUAUCUGUUAAGGAAUGGGUUAAAGGUUGUAUUAGUGGUACAUCUCCAGCUGAGCCUAAUAAAACUGCCAAUAGAGAUCACUCUGAUGAUAACAAUAAUAAACAGGAAUUCAAUGUACCUUCAAAGGACAGGAAAGAAGCAUCAGAAAUAGAUACAAUUAGUACUUCUUUUUUGGCUACUGAUAAGGAAAUUGAUGAUGUAAUCCAGAAUGUGGUGGAAUCAGUGCAGCAGAUCAGAAAAGGACAAGUGGAUUCUGAAAAUAUGAAUGGGAAAUCAAGAAAGAAAACUAGGAAGAAGCGGAGUUCAGAUGUAAAGGAUAUUACAGAAUCCAAAAAAGAAAAUGAGAAUGUUGGUGAUAAACCUGCUGCAUCAGCUGAUAACGUAGGGGAGGUAGCUAAGGUGAUGAAACAAGCUAAGUUGGCAAAUACAGAUUCCAUAAUUCAAUUAAAUGGAUCAAAUUUGGAGGGUGAAAAGGAUAUUAGGGUUGAAAAUGAUCCUCUCAGUACUCAAUCAUCCCAAGUUAAACCACAUAGACUGGAAAGCAACAGUGAGGGAAGGUGUCUCAAAGCUGUUGUCAAUGUUAAUCCUUCUGAAAGUGGCCGUGCAAAUGAAGAUACUGAUGAUAAGGAAGUUUGUUGCGAAAGUAACAGGAUCAACUUCAAUUAUUAUUUUGUGCCUAGCCAACAUAGCCAUGAAAUUGUUGGUUCUGCUGAGGUGCUUGUUGACAGAGCAACCGAAACGAAGAGAUUAGAUGGUAAGAUGAAAGCUAAAAAGAGCAAAAAGAAGCAUGAUGCGAAUUCUCAUGGUCCUUCACCUGAUUUACAGAGUUCACAGGGGUUAAAUGAGAACCAUGGAGUUGGAGCAAAGCCUCAAGCUGACAACUCUAGUACUAUAGUGCUUCAGAGUUUAUUGUCAAAUUCAAAGUCUGAAAAGAUCACGUGUCAACCAAACAAGGAGCUUUUGAAUGCUUCUGAUAGUUUGGUAAUAGCUUUGCCAUCUAGCAACUCUGAUGAGUUCAAUAAUGUUCGUGAAGAAGCUAGAAGAUCUAUCACUGUCGAGCCCUCUGGGAUCAGUGCCCAUGCAAAGAGUAAAAGGGCUGCGUCAAAUUCUAGCUUGGAACGUUCUAAAAAAACAAAUUUUCUGAAUACAAGAGUUAAUGGGCAUCAAUCGCAUGAGGAUGACAAUCAUAUGAAUGGUAAAAAAUCAUCCACGAUUAAUACUGGGGAAAUUGUGAAUAACUCACAACAUAAGAAGAGCUUAAUAGGAGUAUCAGGUUCAAUAUUCAAUGAUGAUAGUAAUGAGGCUUCUUCAAAUGAAGCUGAUAAUUCAGAUGCCAGCACCAGAACUCAAUCAGAUAAUUCUUCUGACUAUUCAGAUGAAGAAAGCAAUGCAGAUUUUAACUUAUCCCAAAAUGGAUCUCACAGCUGGAAAAGAAAGGAGGGAGGUGGAAAAGCAUUCUCAAAACCAUUCAGCUCUUCUGGCAUGACCUUGGAUACAAUUCUUAGAAGUUCAAGCAGAUACAAGAAGGCCAAGCUAACAGCUUCUCAAUCACAACUUGAGGACACAGAAAGCCAGCCUGUUGAUUUCACCCCUGAGAAUGAAGCAAACCCUUGAAUCACCCAGUUGUUUGUCAUGUUUGAGUUUUAUAUUCCUCCAGGAGUUUUGUUUUCUUAUUGGUGGUCUGCAGAGGCGUCCACUGUUCCUGGAAUUAUUUUUGGCUGAAAACAGAGGGGCUUCAGGCAAUCAAGUGAUUUUUGUUUCACCUUGUUUGUGAUAUGGAAAGCACUACAAGGACACUGGAACAAUCUGACGUUUGAAUGCUUGUUUCUUUGAAAUUGGCGGUA